CGUCCUCGGCCUCUACGCGGCGUUCAGCGAGCAGCCGCCGCUCUCCGUCGCGGGCCUCGAGUUCGCGGGCACCGUCGAGGAGGCCGGCGCCGCUUGCGGCUACGCCGUCGGCGACCGCGUCUUCGGCUUCACGCGCUUCGGCGCCUUCGCCGACUCCGUCACGCAGCGCGGAAAACUGCUGCGGCCGACGCCCGCGGGCUGGACGGACGCGGAGGCCGCCGCGCUGCUCGUCCAGGGCCUCACGGCCUACUACGGCCUCGCGAAGCUCGGCGCCGCGACGGCGGGCUCGCGCGUCCUCGUGCACAGCGCGGCGGGCGGCGUGGGCAUGCUCUCGCUCGAGAUCUGCGCCGCGCUCGGCUGCGACGCCGUCGGCGUCGUCUCGAGCGACGCGAAGAAGGACGCGAUCCACGCGCGGUUCCCGGCGGAGGUCGCCGACGGCCGCUUCAAGGUCCUCGUGCGGCCGGCGCGGCCGGACCGCGCGUACCGGGACCACCUGCGCCACGUGCCCCGCUUCGACGUCGUGUUGGAAUCGCUCGGCGGGCCCUGGUUCUCCGAGGCGCUCGACCGCCUCGCGCCCAUGGGCCGCCUCGUCCACUUCGGGGCGACGCACAGCUACGGCGCCGCGGCCGGCGGCCCGCUCAAGUGGCUCUCGCUCGUGCCGAGCUACCUCCGGCGGCCCAUGGUCGACCCGGGCGAGCUCACGAGCACGAACCGCGCGGUCUUCGGCUUCAACCUGAUCUGGCUCACGGAGCGCGAGGACGUGCUCGAGGCGGCCCUCGCGGAGCUCCUCGACUGCGCCGGCGGCCGGCCGCCGUGCCUCGACGGCGCCGCCUUCCACUUCGACGACCUUCCCGGGGCGCUGAAGCACCUCCAGUCGGGCAAGACGACGGGCAAGGUCGUCGUCCGCGUGCCGUAACCGCUUACGUCUCGU